AUGAUUUUGAAAUCGUCGGAAGAACUGGGAUUUAGACAUUUUUUUGCUUUGUGUUCACUCUCGGUAAAUACGGAACAGAACAUGGCAUGCACUACUCCUGUUAGUGGUCGAAAGUCACGCUCAAUUUUUCAGUUAACAUGUGCCGCUGAUGCUUUCAUUUGUCUUCGUCUUGGCGUGCUUCUAUUUCGAGCAGCACCUAACAGUCAAGUACUUGGACUAACUACCGUAUUAAUAGACGGUGAUAAAACAUCGAGGAUGGAAUCAGCAGCACCUCAGUUUCCUCCGACCACACCUACGACAAACCCAGUUUAA